AUGGCGGAGGCUGAAGAUAGCGUUUCGCGGUCGGGGACAGUCUCUACUGCCCCAGUUUCUUUCGGAUUCUGUCGCACGUCCCUCCGGAGGCGGCUGGUGGACCUGAGAGACAGCGCGAGGGCCGCCCUGGAGAAGGAUUUCUUGAAGACUGUGGAAGGGAGGGAGCUGCAAAGUGUGAAGCCCUCAGAAGCCCCCAAAGAGGUGAUUAUUGCAAUAGUCCAGGUGCCAGAGGAGACAGAUUAUGAGGCAGUACCUGUGGAGGCCUAUGGGCUGGCCAUGCUGCGGGGCAUGGGCUGGAAACCUGGUGAGGGCAUCGGCCGUACCUUUAAUCAAGUUGUGAAGCCCCGUGUCAACUCAUUGAGGCCCAAGGGAUUAGGGCUGGGUGCCAGCUUGACCGAUGCCAAGGCCCUGGCCCCCCUUGGCCCCCACCAUCUGCCAAAGCCAGAUGAGGAGCAAGAGAAGGAGAAAGACCAACCGCAAGGACUGGUGCCUGGAGGAGCUGUGGUGGUCUUGUCUGGCCCCCACCGAGGCAUCUAUGGGAAGGUGGAAGGUCUUGAUCCUGACAACGUUCGGGCCAUGGUUCGUCUGGCAGUGGGGAACCGUGUGGUGACUGUUAGUGAGUACUACCUUCGGCCUGUGUCCCAGCAGGAGUUUGACAGGAAUCCCUCAGAGCUCGGCCAGGGGAGCAAAACUUCCUCAGAGCAACAGAACGGAACGGCCUCAUCAUGGAAGGCGCUCCAGGAUCAGGACCUCCAUGUUCACCAGGAGAACUCGGAGAGGAAGAGGAAGCACCCUCCAGACCGACAGGAUGGACCCACAGCCAAGAGUGAGAAAGCAGCCCCCAGGAGUCAGCACUGGUUGCGCAGAGACUUGCGUGUACGGUUUGUGGACAAGCUGCACAAAGGUGGCCAGUAUUACAACACCAAGAUGACAGUUGAAGAUGUCCUGAGCUCAGAUAUUUGUGUGUGUCGGACAGAGGAAGGCCAGAUCUUAGAAGGCGUGAGGGAAGACAUGCUGGAGACCCUGAUUCCCAAGGUAGAGGGUAGCCGUGUGAUGGUGGUGCUGGGACCACAGGCUGGAAGGGUAGGACGUCUACUGGGCCGGGACACAGAGCGGAGCCGAGCUUUGGUGCAGCUGCGGAGAGAGAAUCAGUUGCUGGAGCUUCACUAUGAUGCUGUCUGCCAGUACACGGGCCCCAGCAACUCUGAUGAAGAUUGA